CUCAGGCCAUGCGCACUAAGUGCGCCUGGAACUGGAUUGGGGUUGAAGUGGGGAGGACCCAUCCGGCCUCUUAAAGGGCCAGCGCUAGGAAAGGCAGCUGCUGCAGCUACAAGAUGAGUGAAUCCCUAGUGGUUUGUGAUGUUGCUGAAGACCUGGUAGAGAAGCUGAGAAAGUUUCGUUUUCGUAAAGACACGAACAAUGCAGCCAUUAUCAUGAAAAUUGACAAAGAGAAACAGCUGGUAGUUCUGGAUGAAGAACAUGAGGGCAUAUCUCCAGAUGAACUAAAAGAUGAACUUCCAGAAAGACAACCUCGAUUCAUUGUCUAUAGCUACAAGUACCAGCAUGAUGAUGGGCGAGUCUCUUACCCCCUCUGCUUUAUCUUCUCAAGUCCAGUUGGAUGUAAGCCUGAGCAACAGAUGAUGUAUGCUGGCAGCAAAAAUAAAUUAGUUCAAACAGCAGAACUCACAAAGGUAUUUGAAAUCAGGAAUACAGAAGAUCUCACUGAGGAAUGGCUUCAGGAGAAGCUUGGCUACUUCCACUAAAAGAAGGAUUAAGCAUUCCGUGCAGUUCAAACUGGAACCAGACAUGACUCCUGCUUUCUAAACCUAAAAAGAAUGCACUGUACUUACAGUUGUUUCCUGCAAUGUUUGUAUGUAUGUACAUAUAUAUGUAUAUAUUUGUCUGUGCAAAAUUUAUACACAUGAGGGGAAGAAGCAUCUCCUGCUUAACCAAACUUUGCCCAGGAUUAUUCCUUUCCUUCUAAUUGUUUAAAAGGGAACAAUUUUCUUCCUGCAGGGAUAAUUUUUUCUUUUUGCACUUACAUGACUAAUAUUUCUAUCUGGACUAAUUAGAACUGGUAAUUGUUUACAACUCUGGGGCAGAAUCUCCAAAGGGACAUAUUGUGCACCAGCUCUUGCUUGUAUCAAUGGACUGUGUUUAUGGGUGUACUCAGUCAAGUAGUCUGGAAAUUUACAGCAGAUUUUUUCCCCUCUUGAGCUACAAGGGCAUCUUCUUUUAAUAGAAACUGGACAUUAAUAAUAACUGGACACAAUAGUAUGUGAAAAUAACACUGAAUCCAGUGGCAUAAAAACAUUUGAUUUGGGCCCAACCUAUUUUAGGAUAGAUACUUUAGUGUGAUUCCUAACGUCUCCAGAUGGGGCUUUUCUUUUCUCUUAAAAAACCCCCCAAUUACUUUGAACCUUGUAUUUCCACUUUGGGUCAAAGGUUUAACACUAUUUUUGUGUAUGUAAAGGAUAGCAUUUUUACUAAUCAAAUAGAAAGUAGAUUUAAAGCAACCUGUAAGGGCUUGGUAACAUACUGUAGUGGACUUCCAUUCCAAAAGUCUUUAUAUGUAGAUCUAUUAAUAUAAAAGUCUUGACUUUUCUGGACUUUUUAUGCAAGCACUUCUCAAUCUGUGUGCCUUUUUUAAAAAAAAAAAAAAUCUAUCAAAUGAUUGUAAGAAAGUCUUACACUGCCAGUUUUUUAAAACUAUUAAAUUUGAUACAGGUUAACUUUGUCUAAAAGAAAUCUCCCUAGCAGCGUCUGGUAGCUUAAUCUCUCUUUCCAUUAACUUCAGCUGUAGGUGCAUACACUCGGGUUUAUACUGCUAUGAUUUAAGGCAAAAUGCUUAGUCUGGCUAAAAAAGAAAAUU